AUGUUUACCUUUAUCGCGCUGGCCUUCGCGCUCCUGGCGCCGCUGUACCUUGUGUACAAGCCGCCGACGGUGCUGAUGCGCUACUUCCAGCGGCGGUGGCCCGACGUGUUGUGGCGCGUCGACACGGACAAGAAGAUCGUGGCGCUAACGAUUGACGACGCGCCGUCGGAGCACACGCUGGAGAUCCUCGAGAUCCUGAAAGCCAACGGGGCGGCGGCGACCUUCUUCGUCAUCGGGGCGCACGUGGCGGGCCACGAGCAGACGCUGCAGGACGUGAUCCGCGCGGGCUGCGAGCUGGGCAACCACGCCAUGCACGACGAGCCGUCGCGGUCGCUGGGCGCCGCCACCCUCGUCGAGCAGGUCCACCAGGUCGAGGAGAUGCUCGACGCCGCCUACGCCCGCGCCGGCCACCCCCUGCCCCCGCGCUACUUCCGCCCCGGCUCCGGCUUCUUCAGCACCGCCAUGCGCGACCUCAUGCGCCGCCUCGGCUACCGCCUCGUCCUCGGCAACAUCUACCCCCACGACCCCCAGAUCCCCUACUGGUCCCUCAACGCCCGCCACAUCCUCAGCAUGCUGCAGCCCGGCGGCAUCAUCAUCUGCCACGACGGCCGCGCCUGGACCGCCCCCAUGCUGCGCAAGGUCCUGCCCGAGGUGGUGCGCCGCGGCUACCGCGUCGUCACCGUGUCGACCCUGCUGAAGGAGACGGGGCAGGACUCGUGA